UAUCUCUUGUUAUUUUGACAUUUGUUUUUAAAAAUUUUUCUGUUGCUAGUUUAGAAUGGCACGUAGUAAGUUCCAUAUCGCUCUACUGUUUUCUAUUAUCCUGACAUUCAUCGGCAAUGCAAGAUCUACGGGAAGUUCAAAAGGGACCUUUGGCAGAAAUUUCUUUUUUGGAAUACUCAAACCAUAUAGAAUAGACACCACUGAAAAAGUCACGUUGAUGCUUACAUCCGCUAACAAGACGGGACAUGUGAAUAUACUUGUACCAUAUUUACGGAUUAAUGCCACUAUGAGCUUCACCGGGCAUUUCAAAUAUAGCAUAUCGAAUUCGAUCAUACAAUCGUCAAGUAACACUGUAGAAAACAGGGGUAUUUAUGUCACAUCUGACAUUGAUGUGUCGCUUGUAGUUAUAACUUCUCCCAAUGGUAAUUAUUAUGAUGCUAGUGAAUCAUUUAUGAUUAUGCCGACCUCUAUGUUAUCCAGUUCUUACAUUAUAUCGUCAUAUACAAUUGGAGUUGCCGGUUCCUGGGAUAGCAAUUUCCUAAUUUUGGCCACCGAAAAUGAUACUGCACUGACGGUAACAAACAAUAAAGUAGUCGGUCAAUCACCUUUAUCAUUAUCGAUGAACGCUAUGGACACAUAUCUGUACGACUCGCGAGACGAUCUGAGUGAUACACUUGUUCGAAGCAACAAACCUAUUGCAGUCUUUUCCGGGCACGAAGCUACCGGGGCACCGCAUGGCUGUAAUCGCAAUCAUUAUCAGUCUGAACAACUACUACCUACAUCAAUGUUUGGACGCGAAUUUAUUGUUCCUCCUAUGCUUUCUAGAUCGGGAUACACAGUCAGGGUGUACGGGGCCGAGCCCAAUACAAUUAUAUACUAUACACUUUCUUCGAGAAAUGAAAAAAGACAACUCGGAUUCCCUGGCCAUUACGAAAUAAAUGUUAGCGGGGACAAGCCACUCCAUAUUUAUUCCAACAACCCAGUACAAGUUAUGUUAUAUAGUAUAUGCAGUCCUGAUGGAACUAGUAUGACAAUCGUUCCUGCUACACAACAGUAUCAAAGCACCUACUUUUUCACUGUAUCCUCAGCAUUUAGUGACGUUGAUAACUACAUCGCUAUCAUGGCAAGUAAAAUAAACAAUAUGGAUGGACUGAGGAUUGGUGGGCAACGAAUGCGCGGACUUGUCCAAAGUUACAAUAUGUCAUUAUCUGUUGGAAGUUACAUCGUAAACAUCUACAAAGUUUAUGCUGGUGUUUAUAAGCUGGAACACGUGAACGGACUACGUUUUGGAGCGCUACAAUUUGGAUUCGGUGGAAGUAAUCAUAAAGCUUACAGCAAUGUUCUCGGGCUGGGAAUUCCAGCGGCGGCGGAAAUCAACGAAUGUCUUAGCUCUCCGUGUCAGAAUGGUGGAAGUUGUAUCGAUGGCGUUGGUAACUACACCUGUCAGUGUCCUCAGACUAACCCUAGUAUCAAAACUGGUCAAGAAAUCCAGACCUUCCUGACGGGCUACAGUGGAAUAAAUUGUGAGAAUGACAUUAAUGAAUGCGAUAUUCAACCAUCGGUUUGUCUAAAUGGAGGCGUGUGUGUAAACUUGAAUGGGACAUACAGUUGCAAAUGUGGAAACGAUAGAGACGGAAACUACUUUUCAGGUUUCAAUUGUGAAAUGGCAACAACUUACUGUGUUGUACACCAAGACGUGGUAAAUGAUCAGCCUGCAUGUAAAAACAACGGAACAUGUCGGGCUCUCGUCGGCGAUUAUCGCUGCGAUUGUGCACCAGGUUUUUCAGGAAGGCGUUGCCGGACAAAUAUAGAUGAAUGUGCGACAUAUCCAUGUCGGUAUAAUAGCACCUGUGUUGAUGGUAUCAACGGACAUACAUGCGUCUGUAUGCGAGGUAGAACCGGAGUAAACUGUGACAUUGAUAUAGAUGAUUGCGCUUCCACUCCUUGUCUCAAUGGUGGAUUGUGUAUUGAUCACAUUAACAGAUACAAUUGUAAUUGCACAGAAACAGGAUUCACGGGUGUUACAUGUGAUAUUAACAUUGACGACUGUGAAGCUCAGCCGUGCUUAAAUGGAGGCACAUGUUACGACCUCGUAAAAGAUUUCAAAUGCAUAUGCUAUCCUGGUUAUAAUGGAAAGUGGUGCGAAAUCGACAUUAAUGAAUGCGCCUCAAAUCCGUGCCAGUACAGUAGUACGUGUUUAGAAAAGUCAAACCGGACCCUGUAUGACAUAAACUCUAGAGUGUUUGAGAAUUUGGCAUUCUCUUAUGCCAAUGCGUCAGGGUACCUGUGCGAAUGUGUACCUGGGACUGCAGGUGGUAAUUGCGAAAUCAACAUUGAUGACUGUCGACAUGAUAACUGUCACAACGGGACAUGUUUUGAUCUUCUAAAUUCUUACCGAUGUGACUGCGAUCCAGGCUUUCAGGGCGAUUAUUGUGAUAUGAAAAGUCAAACUUCUGAUGGGCCGACCUGCCUACAGUGUAAGGAUGUGUACCAUACAAACAUGUGCAAUAGGGUCACCAAAUGUGCCCCAGGACAGGUUUGUUUUGUUGAGAAAUUUACAACUCACUACGGACAGGUGUUAUAUAAUACAGGCUGUUCGGAUACAAAAGAGUGUUCCGUCCGCCGUCGAGAUACUGACAAAAGAUCUGCAGAUUGCAUUGAAUGUUGUUCUUCGGAUCUUUGCAACUUUGCUGGAUGUGGUAGUCAAGGUCUGCCUCCUCGUGACCAGCGCGGCCCUUUGUGCUACGACUGUCCAAACACGUCUAGUAUGGGCGAAUGCAAGUCAGUUAGCUUGUGCAAGCAACAUGAGGUUUGCAGCAUUGAAAAAUACGACUGGGGAGGGCUUUAUGAUCAGUUCUUCACAGAAUGUAAGAGCCGUCACUGUACGUCACUUAGCCGGUCGAGCCGUAUGACAAGUCAUCACAAUAUAAUGUCAAGGUCAACUCCAGUUUGUCAACAUUGUUGUGACGGUGACAUUUGCAAUUCACAUUGCAAUGAUACAAGCCUAACCGGACCUGGAGUAGCAAUAGUUGGUUGACCAAAUCUACACUGUGACGGCUACGAUAUUCAAAUUUUAUUUGACGUAUGUAUGUAACGUAUUGUGUUUAUGGUUCUAUGAAUAAAGUCUGUUUGCAGUCAAA